AAUACAUGAACCCUUUAAUACUUUCCAUUGUUUGGAUAUGAAGGUCUGUCACUUUUAACGAGACCCCGUCGGGAAUUAAGGGCGUAUAUACAACUCUUCUAGGAGUCUUGCCCUUACCCCUAAGAAUUAUCGAAACCGCCAUCGCCUAGAUUGAGAGAAUAUGGCAAGCAUACAAGACUUGUUGUCGCCUGUCGUUGAUAGAAAUUCCAACGAGCCGGAAGCGAAGGGACAGGAUGCGCUUUCUAAGAGCGAUGACGUGCCAGAAACGACACACUUUAUGGUGGAAUUCAUCUUAGAUGUGAUCUGUCCAUACUGUUACAUCGGACUUAAGAAUCUGACAGCCGCCAUUACGACCUACACAGCAGACCACCCAGAGGCAACUUUCGAAAUAGUCUGCUCUCCGUUCAUGCUCGACCCGUUGGCCACUCGAAGCGCAUACCCCAAAGCGACCUACCUCAACAUCCCCAAACACAGCCUCGAGCACUGGCGCGACCUAGGCAAGCAAGCCGGCAUCGACUUCACCUGGGAAGGACGAACGGGGAACACGCGGGACGCGCACAAGCUCCUGCGAUACGCUCUAGAAGCCGCGCCCACCACGGUCCGAAGCACGGCAUUCACAUCGGCGCACCGACCGCAGACCCCCAAACAGGGGAAACCGCAUUCGCCGGCCCCACUUCCAGAUACCGCGUCCGGGACCCACCAGCGCGGGCCACCGCUGCAACUACGACUCCUAUGCGCGCUCUUGCACGCGCACCAUGAGACGGAUGCGGAUAUUUCGUCGCGGGAUUUUCUGAGCUCGCUGGUCCCCUCCGAUCUCGAUUUUUCACCUUCAGUCUUCACGGACCCGGCCUGGGACCGCGCGCUCGAUGUCCUGUUCGCGGACGCGUGCGAGAGGCCGGGACUCGCAGUGCGCGCUGUGCCGACGUUUAUUGUGAACGAUCGGUACGUGAUCGGCGGGGCGCAGAGCGCGGAGUUUUUAGUCGAGGCGCUGGGGCGGAUACGGGUUGGGAAGGGGGGACGGGGGAGGGAUAGGGGACAGGUGUUGCCUGUUGAUGAGGGAGGUGUUUGUGCGAGGUUUUAUGCGGAUGGGGAGAAGGUGCCUUCGCCGGUGUUGAAGUGAGGGUUAGUAGGGUUGCGUGGUGUGGCGUAGUGGUAUCAGAUGGACUCGUUGGACAUAUUGUUGAUUUUAAAAGGUACUGGAGACGAUUUAGGAGGAUUGUAUCGCCCGGAAGAGCGGGUGAAGCAUAUUUAUGAAUCUCAGCAAUCGAGGAAUAGGCUCGAGAUAUCUGUACGUUUAGCGGCCUACCUGGUAGGUAAGCAAUGGUCGGAAAAGCUUGGCGUAGGACGGUAAAGGGAACAGAACCCUCAUAGCAGAAGCUAAAUGUCAGCAUGUGCGAUUUUUUUACCAGCU